CUAACAGGAUCCAACGGCUGCUGUUUGCUGCCGGCCAUCCCAUACUGGAGGAAUUAAACUCGCGUAGGAAUAACGGUGCCUUACGGGUGAACUGUAAUUAUCUGUAAAAUUGAUAGGUUUUAAACCUUUAAGGAAUGGGGUUGUGUUAAAUUUCACCAUCAUAAGCGGGAAAAUAAAGAGGUACAAGAGGAUAAGGUAACAUGCGCUGAUAGUGUGUUGCCGCACCAGGCUACCAUGCACAGCAGAAUGAAAAACAGUCCUUUUGGGUGGGUAACCACAAGAUCCGGUCACUACAUUGGAGUCGCGCCCCCACAAUACUUGUUAAAAAUCAAACUUGCUAAGGACUGACCAAUGAAAAUGACGUGUGACUCUAUUUCAGUCUAUUUGCCGAGAUGGCGAACAUACUUUCAGGAAAUAUAUUUUCUUAUAUCUUAAUCACCCCUAGCGUAGAGAAAUGUGAUCCGACCAUUCCAAAUUUCUGUCUCUGCAGGGAGGUGUAUUUGGAGACUCCUGUCUGUAGCUGUACUCGUUUCUUUCAUUUUCUGUUUCCUGUAAGACCACCGCGCAGAUUUACUGGAAGUUGGUCAGAGCUGGUCUUUCGGUUUCCCCUAGUAUACUUCUGUCGCUGCGUUUUUGGGUGGCAAGUUCCCCAACAGCCGCGGAGGAGCACCGAAAUCAGCACCAGCACCCAAAGAGUGAGAUAAACAGCAGAGCCGAAGACACCCCAGAGAAGGAGGAGUUGGAGGAGGCUUCUUUUAGUGCAAACAAACUGAUGCAUUCUGAAGAAAUGGGACAGGCUUCACAUCAUCAGUGCACUGAGAGAAAUGUAAAGGACGUUAAGUUUGUUAUGGACCUAAGUGAAGUGUCUGAUGAUAUCCUAUUUCUCAUCCUAAUCCAUGUUCCUUUCUGUGAACUGAUCACAAACUGUAGGCUUGUGUGUAAGCGAUGGAAAGACGUUGUCAACAGCCAAGCACUUUGGAGGGUGAAAUAUGAACAGGCGCUAAGUAAGAAACUCCAGUCUCGCCUACCAUCCCACACUAACUGGAAAAAUCUGUUUUUUAAAUUGUUUGCCAGGAACCUUAUCAAGAAUCCUUGUGGAGAUGAUGGCUUUGAACACUGGAAUGUCAAUCAUGGUGGUGAUGGCUGGGUGAUUGAGCAUCAUCACGGAGAACUGAAGAACACUACAUCACCUAACUGCUUUGUAACCUCAUUUUGGUGGUGCAAGAAGACGCAGUGCAUCGACUUGCUCGAAGAAGGAUUUGAAGAGCAUUUCCUUGAUGACUUUCAACCCGACAUCCUAAUUAAUGACUGGUAUGGUUCCCGUCAUGAUUGUGGAGCAAAAUACAAAAUUAAAGUUCACCUUUUAAAUUCCCGAAAGGAGCCAUUGAUGUCUUUUAAAAGGCAAUAUCCAGAGAUUCCACAGUGGAAUAACUCCUCCUAUUAUAAGGUUCAACAUGUUUUCCACAACUAUGGGCCAGGUGUGCGCUUUAUUUUCUUCUCCCAUCAAGGAACAGACAAUAAGUUUUGGGCAGGGCACUAUGGAGCUCGGAUUGCCAACAGUACUGUUAAGUGUUGCAGACGGCCAUUACCUUUCAGGGACACGAUUAUUCUGGAAGGACCAGAGGAGAGAAAGCAGACUCAGGGCAUUACUUCUCCCUGGUUGCUGCAGUGCCAGGGCUCCAAGGAACUUGGAAUUUGGAGCAGCCCUAUUCCGUUGGUGCCAACAGGGGGUGCUGCAGGAAUGGCUGACCCCUUUGUUACAGCACUUCCACCACACUCGGAAGGUCUUCUGGAAGAAGAUCACCUGGAGCACUUCUGUGUGCUCUAUAAAAGAAGCCAGCUGCCACUACUUUAGAAGCCAGAUUCAGGAGGGAGAGGACAACGCUUGCUGGAGGAGGAGUGGAGGCGAUGAGUAAUGAGAUAGAGAGGGUGGAAGAAGAAAGCAAAAGAAGUGCUUUGGAAAUGUAUAUUCAUGCUUAUUUGUACUGUGCCUCAGUGGAGAGUAAGGGAAAAAGCACUUCCCCACGAGUUGAAAAACGUGUGCUGUGCUGGAACUUCUGGCCUGGAGUCUGCUUGUGUCAGGUUUGGGUGGCUGGAGCUCCCACAUCAGGUCAUAGUAGUUAUGUUCUUUAUUGGUGAAGCCCCAGGAGGCAUUCACCAUAACAUCACCACUCCUGAACACUCCCUCGGGUUAUUUAUGCAGAGUGAGACAGCUCAGCAGUAGGCAACAUUGUUGUAAUUUAUAGGAGUUUUGUAUCGCUUUUGCUAUUUGGAUUUACUGGUCUUUAGUUGUUUUGUUGAAUUCUGCCUCUGGACUAUGUAUUUGGACUUGUUUGCUGCGAAUUGUCUUUUAUGUAACUACCUUUAGAACUCUUUUUGCUCUGCAGAGUUUUGCCUUGUACUUUUGCAAAAUAAAUCAUUUAUUUUAUAAA